AAAAUUUAAAUCUGAAAUUUUGAAAUUAAAAAAUGUUGUACAAUUAAUCGAUAAAGUUCAGGCCAUGGCACUGAUGAACAUAUGCAGCAUACUCUGAGGCGCUCAGAGCGCUUGCGCAGACAAAGUUAUCAUCUCCAUUUCCACUUGUCAAUGUCAACCAUUACCAAUUUAUAUUUGAAUAAGUCAUGGAGAAUUACGGCCAGGACAUGGACGAAGCGACUGGCGGCAGCCAAUUCGAGCUCAUCUUUGGGGACCAUAUGGACACGUACAAUGUUGAGACAUCGGCAGUGCAUCGCAAAUUGCAAAGCAAAAUAGAAGCCCUGCGCAUCUUGCGACAGGAUCUAGAACAGUUUCGUGUGGAGCGAGAUCAAUAUAAGCUCAUGGCCGAGACCCUGCAGCUGCGGUAUUCAGCCCUGAAACGGAAUAGCGAACUCCUUGUUAACGAGAGCCAUGGAUGUGGAGCUCUAAGCGAAAACUCCAGCCUUGCUGCGCUACUCCGGGAGACGCGGGAGCAUAAUCUUAAACUCAAUACGGAAGUGGAGGCCCUGAAGCAAAAACUUCACGAGUUACAGGGUGACAUUAAACUUCUACGGGAAACCGAGGCGAGCAAUAAGACGCGAGUGGAAGCCAUGGCUAACGAGACGGCUGCUCACAACAAAGAGGAGCUGCAAUGGAAGCGGGAGCGAGCGAACUUCAUCUGUCAUCUGGAGAAUCUUAAAAAGAAGAAUGCCCAAUUGGCGUUUGAUUUCAAAGCCAUCAUUGAUGAGAAGGAGGAAUUGAUUACGGAAAGGGAUGCCUACAAAUGCAAGGCCCAUCGUCUGAACCACGAACUAUUUGUGGCGCUUAAGGCAAAGAAAAUGCAUCCUAAGUUGCUGGACAUUGAUGGUGUUUUGUUGGAAAAUAAGUACCUGCAUGAACGAGUUAAGAUCCAAGAGAGCGAGUUGGAGCUCUCAAAGCAGUCUAUUAAUAAAUACAAGACAAUGCUGGAGGCGAAACGUAAAAAGGGAAUCGUUAAGCUGGGUGGAGGCAACAGCAACGAUGAUACCAUACUGAGUCCUAGGCAGGUCAAAAAUAUACUUGAGAGUGGAAUCGAUUUGCCAAAGAAAACUGAAACUAUACAUGAUCUGAAAUCUUUAUGUUUGGCUCUGCUCGAUAAUCUGAAUGACAAGAACUUAGCGCUAACGCACCAAAAGAAGACAAACAAAAUACUGGCGGGUAAAAUGACAGAACUGGAGCAGCGUUGGCAACAGCUACUUUCUGGCGACACAGACGAUAUUGGGGCCGAGGAUGCAGGAGAGGAAGGAUAUGAAGAAGAAUAUGGCUAUGCCCCAUCGCAGCUUUUGUUAAAUGGUUAUUGUGCCGCGAUGGUAGAUGAUGCGGACAUUAGCUCGACACCGUCCAUAGCUCCAGAUGAAGUGGGUGACACCUUGUCUCCCGAUCCAGAUGAACGCGAACUUGAGAACCAUAAGCCAAUCCGAAAUUGUGGACCAGCACAGUCUGACGAUGGCAUGUCUUCUUUGUCUUCAGAAUCCGCUGACUCAUCCGUAUACGGCAUUGACAUCACUGACAGUGCCAAGAAUGCAUACAAAUCUUCAUUGGCAACAACAGAUUCGGGCAACUGUGGCUUUGCUACCCACUGCAAUACCACGCCACGAAUAUCCAGUGCCAUAGCCCGCGAGCGUAUGGAGGAUUUGAAGGAUUUGCCACCUCAUUUGGCCACAUUGGUGGAAAAGGCACUGCAUGAAUUGGAUAAGCGGGACUACGAGGCAAUGGUUACGAUACGAGCUGAGAAUAUGACAUCUGUGCAAUAACAGAGCAUCCUUUAGUUUUGCUAUGCAGGAGCUUUCAAAGAGAUUGAUAUAGUCAUAUCGCAUAAAGCUACUCAUCAUAUGAAUACCAAUGCAACAUUGUACAAUAAAGAAAAGUCUAUGUAAA